AUGCUCGAGAAUCGCAAUGCGAGAAUACACGAAUCCGCAGCGAGAAACUGCAAUUCUGACAUACAAACGACGCAUAUAGUCCGAACCAAGCGCGUCAAGGAGGCCCGUGACGAAGCCAAGAAGGAAAUCGCCGAUUACAAGGCCAAGAAGGAAGACGAGUUCAAGAAGUUUGAAGCCGAGCACAGCAAGGGUAACGAGGCCGCCGAGCAGGAAGCUAGCAAGGAGGCCGAGAAGCAGAUUGAGGUGAUUAAGGAGGCCGGCAAGAAGAACCAGGAUACCGUUGUGAAGAACCUGCUGCAGGCGGUGUUUGACGUUAAGCCUGUGGCUGCGUGA